CAAACAGAACGCUCAUCACAGAAUCGCAUUCAAGUAUUUAUGAUGACGGACAGUCACAAUCGCAAGAAAGAAGAGCACCAACGACACCAACAGUGUCCUCAUCAAACGAGCCAGGAGAAACAACGAAAAUAUGUUUGCCAAAAGAAAAGAAAACCGCGUUGCCGAAAGACGAAAAAGCAAGAAAAAUCUUGACUCCGAAAAAGAUUGCAACUGAGAAGAAAACAAUAACAUCAACAACAAUGAAUGUGAAAAAUGACGAUAAAUUAUAUGAAAUUGAAAAGGGCCGUGUAGUAAAGGAAGUUUUAGGUGCAAGCAGAACGAAUGAUAAUGGUUUAUUUUAUGCUGUACGAUAUGUUCCUGAUACAUCAUUACCAUCAACAAAUGAUGACAGAGAAUGUAUACCAUCCACGAUAGCUCACAAAUAUUGUCCAGAUAAAUUGAUCAAUUGGUUUCAACGAAAAAUACGUUGGCAGCCAAAUACUAAAAUGACUGAAAGUAUUUCAAUUCGACGUGUAGCUGUCCAUGAUCCAACUGAAAUACCCUUAUCAUACGGUACAACUCCGGGUGGAAGUAUCUUUUCUACAACGCCAGGUGGCACAAGAAUUUAUUAUGAUCGUCAAUUUUUACUAUCACGACGUGAUAGUCCAUUGACUCGUAGCCCUCCAGUGAAUUUACCCUAUAUACCUGAAGUAACAUUAAUUCCAGACCCUACUGGAAGUGGAACUCUACAAAAUGGAACAAUUGGUAUCAACAAAAAAGCAGCAUCACCAUUGGCAACAUCACCUUUGUCUAGAAACAAUAAAAAUAACAGUAGCGUCAGUGAUAAUACAAAUGUUAAUACAGCUCAACAACAACAACAACAGAAAGAAACAAAAGAGACAACUGGUUCAAAGCCAAAAAAAGCUAAUGACUUAAAUCGUAUUGAAUCUUAUAUAACCAGGACAAAAUGGAAAAAACGUUUGUGCAAAUGUAGCAUUGUACUGUUAAUCAUUCUCAUUGCAUAUAAUCUAAUAUCAAACGAUUUUAUUUACAACGUCUAUUUUGGAUUUCUGUUCAUUUGUCGACAUGCACUAAUUAAGAUUGAACCGUUUUAUGAUUGGAGUCAAAUUUAUUACAGUCCAUGUUUCAUAUCGAAUCCGUUUUUCAAUAAUACAUUAACAGAUACUGAAUGUAAUCUUUAUCUUCAACAUCCAAUAUUAUCAAAAUUGGAUUUAUGUUCUUUUGAUGCUAACGUCAAUUAUAAACAUCAACGUGGCGCAGUGGACAAAUUGAUGAAAGAAAUAUUGCAACAUCAACGGCAUUCAUUUAUUGCUCAUUGGAGUAAUUGUGAAAAAGAAGCGAUAAAAAUAAUUCGUUCCUAUUAUUCAAAGCCUUAUUUUUUACCACCAUCUAUGGCACUUACUCAAAUAGGAAGUUGGUUUUUUGUUUCACAACAUUAUGAGAAGAAAACUUUAAAUAAGAUUCCAAUGGAUUUUGCAUGGAUUUGGCUAGCUCAAAUACAAGGUUCAUCGAAAAUUUUGCUGCGUGCACGUGAUCCAUGUUCGAAACUUUGUCAAUCACUUCCUGUUCUACUCAAUCAUGGUGAUUUAAUUAUGUAUUCACAUUUAUACGAUGCAUAUUACACUCCUAUUGGUGAUGAGAAUAUAUUACUUGCACAAGGUGUCGAGUGA